ACAUGGAGUCGGACAGUGUGAGCAUAUGGCCGCGCAUGGAACCCUUCUUACUGGGUGCACUGCAGGUGGCUCCCCCCUCCAAGCUCAGCCUGCACUAUCUUCGCAAGAUGGCGAUCUAUGUGAGAACACGGGAUGGCUGCUUCCCCAUCUUGGGCUGGCCCAUGUGGAGGCAUAUUGCCUGUGGAAAGCUACAGCUUCCAGAGGACAUUGCAUGGCUCUACUUCGAGACCUUUGACCUUCUCAUAGGCCACACUCCAGAGGAGAGGCUGGAGUGGGCAGAGUGUCUUUCCCAGUGCUCUUCCAAAAGCGAGCUGGACCAACAAAGGAACAAGUUGUCUGUGGACACACUGCAGUUCCUCCUCUUCCUCUACAUCCAGCAGCUCAACCGUGUGUCUCUACGCACCUCUCUGAUUGGUGAAGAGUGGCCCAGUCAUCGUACUCGCUCCCCCUCUCCAUCAGACCGAGAGGCUAAGACUAGCUCGCAGAACAAGAACUGGGACGAUCAGGCCCACCUGUCAUUUGUGCAAAGCCAUCUAGCUGAGAUUCUGGAGCUGCUGGUGGAGCCAGGUCAACUGUCACAAUCUGGACAGGCCCUUAGAGAUUGCCAGAUAUCACUGGAGGCUGUGCGGAGCCUGGGCCUGCUCCUGGAGGGUUCGGUUUGCCACGGCAGAGCUGUUCAGCCCGUCCACAGGCUGCUGACCAAAGGUCCACUCCAGACACAAGCUGGCUACUCCACGCUCAGCCACUCCUUCCCCCUGCACAAGCUGCUGUCCUGUCUCCACCACAACCUCACACUCAACCCCUUUGGGAUAACCGCCUGCCUGCGCUCAGGCAAGAAACUAGCCUGGGCUCAACAAGUGGAGGGGGCCAUGAAGAGAGCCAAAAUAGCUCGUAACACCCACAUGGCUCCACCCGGCAGUAAGAUGGUGCUGAUGUCGCAAGUCUUCAAACAGACCCUGGCUAAAACCUCAGACAAACUGACCGGUGCCAACAUCAAAAUCCACAGAUGCUCAGACGCCUUCAUAUACCUUCUGUCACCUCUCAGAUCUGUCAGUGUUGACAAAUGCCGUGACAGCACAGUGGUCCUGGGUCCUGUUGAGACCAGCAUCCACAUCCACAGCUGUCAGAACGUGCGGGUGGUGUGCGUGGCUGGCAGGGUCGCUGUCGGAGCCUCCUCGUGUUGCACCAUCCACGCCUUGACGCCCACCCGCCCCUUGCUUCUACCUGGAAACACAGACAUAACACUGGGGCCCUUCCACACGUUCUACCCCUCCAUGGAGGAUCAUAUGGCCAGUGCGGGGCUGGCUGUGGUCCCCAAUGCCUGGGAUCAACCCUUGCUUCUGGGGAGCGAGGGCCUCGUCAACCCCUCCCUCAACGUGUCGUCCAACCCAGAUACCGCCUGUUACCGCCUGCUGCCCCCGGCUGAGUUUCAAACACUGCUCGUGCCUUUCCAGAUGGAAGGGGACACGUGUGAGGUGCCAGGGGGAUUGCCUCCUGCGUAUCAGGCAGCACUGGAUGAAAAGCAGAAGAGGAUUCAGAACUGGCAGAAGACUGUGAUGGAGGCCCGGCUGAACAAGGAGCAGAAGCGGCAGUUCCAGGAGCUGGUGGAGGUCAAGUUCCAUGAGUGGCUUCUGGAAACGGGGCACAGGCAGGAACUCGACAGCCUUAUCCCAACCACAAUAGCCUCCUUAAAGGACUCUACUGAUGGGCCUGCAACAGACAGGCCCCGAGUUAACGAUACCAAACAUAUGAGGACUGGACGGACAGUUGGACAGUCACCUAUGGCCUGUUGAAUUGUUGGCUUACACUUGUUAGCCAGCAGGAUAAUUGUACUCGUAAAUGAACGUAGUGUGACAGUGCACACAUACAGGUGACCUGUGGUCAUAGUGACCUUUGAAGCUCCUGUUAGUUCUUAACAAACAGACGAGUAUGUUUGUGCCGUAUGUUUGUGGUUAUUUACACCUUACUCUAGCCAGUCUAGAGCUGUUGAUGCAGCAUUUAUAGCAACUUAUGUCCCACUCAUCCUUGAGUGGAAGGCCAGUUCGUGCUGCUUUACUGGUCCUUCUUAAGAAAAGGCUAAGUCAUUAACCUGUCUUAGCCAAGGAGGGAGUGGAUUGGCAUGUUGUAAAACGACAUCCCAAGCACUGCUCUUUUGAAAAACAGGGUGUAGCAUUGUGAAGUAACCACAGGGUUUUAAAGGGACAAAAAAAGCUUGGAUUUGGGUUUACUGCUAAAUGUCAUCUUUUGGAGACAGGAAAUACAAAUGUAGUUGAAUGACGUGGGUGCAGCUGAGGAGGAACAAGGACAUGGCACUGACUGUGACAGGCUGACAGUGCCAGUGUUCUCCUGAAGCCUAAAUAGCUCUUUAAUGUAAUAAUAAUUUCGAAAACCUACAUUAAGAUAUGCAGUUUGAGGGCUACAAUCUGCUUACGUUCUUGCGAAAAAUAUUAAACAUGGAGACUGGCUCAGAAAACCGUGAUCACCAUAAAGUCUGGAGUACCAUUUCUUCCCACAUAUGUAAACUACACGCUAUUUUUAAAAAGUAUAUUCUCAGUAAGCGAUGCUGACACAUGCAUCUAAAGAUGGACAGUGUAGUUGAUAAAUCAAUUUAGCACUUUGGGUAUUAAGGACAUGUUAGUACAGUUACCUACUCAGGUUAUAGAAUUCCUAGUGUUUAAAAAAUAGCAAUCAAGCGUUUUCCAUUAGGAAGAAAAGGAAGGACAUCAUUUAUUGUAGGUCUGUGAUUGCACCGCUCGAGCUUACCUGUCACAUUUUAUAAGGGGGUAAGUCAGCAGUACCUUUUGCUACGCCUCUCUCCACGGGCUGAGUCUUAAUCCAUGUUGUUUGUUUUGCCACACCCCCAACAAUUGUUAUUCACUGUAGGUGUUUUUUUACUAGCUGUCAAAAUGAAAUAUUUGCCCUGACAGUGACUGUGGCGUGGCCAUGAGUGCAACAUGAGUGUAGCAACAAUUAUUAUUGCACUUGCAACCGAAAUAGCUGAUUUGCUGAGGUGCCAAACGAGGUCAAAUUUAACAAACUUUUGGUGAGUUUGUGGCCAGAUGUUGCCUAAAUGUAUUUAUGUUUUUCUAUGAACUCACCUGUAUGAAUAUGUAAAAUUAUACAAAGAUUAUUUUUCUCCAUUACAAUUUUUAGAAUUUAAUACCUCCAAGUGUACUUCAGACUCAUUACAGCGUGCUACAUUUUCACAGACUGUGAUAUACAUUACAUACAACGGAACCGCUGCACGAGUCUUCAGGGCAGCUUUUAUUGGAUUUAGGAAGUUAAGGGAAGAUGAACUUACUGUAAAAGCUUUCAAAAUGCUGGGAUGUGUCAUUCAUUUUCAAGGUGUAAGGAUACUUUCACACUGCAAGCCUUAAAACUCAAUUCAGAUUUUUUUUGUUUGGCUGUUGACAUUAUUUGUUAAAUGUGGCCCACAUUCUUUAAUCUAGAGUGAUGUAAAAGUGACAUGAAUCACUUAAAAAUCAGACCUGUAUCUGAUUUAGACCACAUAUGAAAGUGACCUGAAUCAGAAUUGAAAAGAUCAGAUUCCAUGUGAUUUGUGCCGUUCACACUGUCAUGAAAGAACAGAUCUGAGUCACAUAUGAGCAAAAAAAAAUCAGAUUUGGGUCACUUGUGCGAGCAGUGUGAACGUAGCCUUACUGAUUACACUGUAAAAUGUCUUACUGCUGUUGUUUACUUGGAAAAACAUACCCUCUGAUCUGAACACAUGCACCUCUAUGCAGCUACCAUAUGAAGAGCACAAUAUAGUUUGUAUUGAAUAUUAAAAAUAAAUAAAAAUGAAUUAAAGGUUUUGA